UCUGGUGUCUGCAGGAAGUCCUGAUGUAUCUCUUACACUCACAGGAAGUGGGCUGAAGGGGGGAGGGAGAUUUGGCCAGACUACCCCUCCCCUGGUUGAGUUCCUAAAGGAUAUUCUUAGACGGUACCCAGAAGGAGGGCAAAUUCUGAAAGAGCUGAUUCAGAAUGCGGAGGACGCGGGAGCCACAGAGGUCAAGUUCAUGUAUGACGAGACGGAGUACGGCGUGGAGUCGCUAUGGUCACCGGAUAUGGCUCAGCAUCAAGGAACGGCUUUGUAUGUGUACAACGACGCGGUGUUCACGGAGGAAGAUUGGAAUGGUAUUCAGGAGAUAGCAAGGAGCAGGAAAAGAGAAGACCCGCUGAAGGUUGGUCGGUUCGGCAUAGGGUUCAACUCUGUGUACCACAUAACAGAUGUCCCCAGCAUCUUCAGCGGGGAUCAGAUCGGAAUGUUGGACCCCCACCAGACUCUGUUUGGAAACCACGAGUCUGGCCAGUGCUGGAACCUCAAGACAGACAUCAAGGAGAUCACGGAGCUCAACGACCAGUUCGCCCCUUACGUCGGCAUAUUCGGAAGCGCGGAGAAGACGCUCCAGGACGGCCACUUCCCGGGAACGCUGUUCCGCUUCCCGCUCCGGGUCAAGCCCACGCAGCUGAACAGCAACGUGUACAACAAAGAGAAGGUUCUGGAGCUCUUCGAGUCGUUCAAGGCCGACGCCGACACGGUGCUGCUGUUCCUGAAGAAGGUGCGCAAGGUGUCGCUGCACGUGCGCGAGCCCGACGGCACCGAGCGGACGCUCUUCCGCGUGUGGUCGGACACGGCCGAGGACUCGGACUGGAAGCUGGAGCGGCCCAACUCGCUCAAGACGCUGGGCCUGGCCAUCGACAGCUACAGCAACGGCGUGCCCAGCGACCAGGUGACCUGCGCCACCUACCAGGUGGACAUCGCCGUCCAGGAUGAGUCGGCGCGCGAGACGCAGAGCACCAGCUGGUUGGUGUGCAACGGCGUGGGCGGCCGCGGCAUGUGCGCCGACCUGGACGCGCUGGCCGACGACCUCAAGUUCAUCCCCACCAUCGGCAUCGCGCUGUCCCUCACCGGCGAGGAGAAGGAGGAGGAGGAGGAGGAGGAGGAGGAGGAGGAAGGAGCGGCGUCCGCCUUCGAGGGCCGAGCCUUCUGUUUCCUGCCGCUGCCGCUGGGGGACGAGAGCCUGACGGGGCUGCCGGUGCACGUGAGCGGCUUCUUCGGCCUCACCGACAACCGGCGAAGCAUCAAGUGGCGCGAGGUGGACCAGUGGCGCGACCCGGCGGCGCUGUGGAACGAGCUGCUCGUCGUCACGGUGAUCCCGCGCGCCUACUUCGCGCUGGUCACCGAGGCCGUGCGGCGGGCGCAGGCCAAGAAGGACCGCGACUUCCCGCUGUCGCCGCGCGGCACCUACGCCGCCUGGCCGGACCCGGCCCGCACGCGGCCCCGCUGGCGCUCCAUCCUGCAGCCGCUCUACGCCGACCUGCUCCGCCAGCCGGUCAUCUACUCGCUGGCCCGGAGCUGGGUGCGCGCCGACGAGGCCGUCUUCUCCGAGCUGGACCCCGAGGAGGACGACUGCGCCGCCGCCGUCACCCGCUACCUCCAGAGCGCGGGGAUGCACCUGGCGCGGGUGCCGGCCGCCGUGGACGCCGUGCUGACCGCCUACUCGGGCCAGCCGGACGGCGUGAGCAAGGUGACGCCGGCGUUCGUACGGCAGGCGCUGCGGAAGACCAGACACAAGGGCGCGGCGCAGGAGAAGCUGCAGCUGCUGGAGUUCGCGCUCGGCGACGGCGGCUACGGAGACCUCAUCGGCCUGGAGCUGCUGCCGCUGCAGGACGACACCUUCAUCGCGUUCUCGUCCUCCGUCAGCGAGAAAGACUCCAUCUACAUCACCUCUCAGGAGUAUCCACGGUCUCUGUACCCUGGGCUGGAGGGGAGAUUUAUCUUGGAGAGCAUGGGCCCUAAAGUUAUGAGUAGACUGAGGGAGGCAGCCAAAAGCAGAGGGAGACCGUGUACUCAGUUACAAGUGCUUACCCCUGAGCGGUCGGCUCGGCUCAUAAAGGAAAUCCUGACAACAGCUUGGCCCACCAGAGAAUUCUGUGUUCCUUGGACCCCUGGGAAUCAAGAGAAGAAACAACCCACAGCUGCCUGGCUGAAGAUGAUUUGGCGGCACCUCUACAUUAACUUUGCAGAUGACCUUAGUGUGUUUGAAGACAUGCCUUUGAUCCCAAAUGUGCCACUUGAUGAAAGCAGAGGCUCCCUGGAGCUGCUGCGUCUUAAAACUCCAUCUCCCAUAAUUCUUAUGAAUGAGGAGGAGGGCCCUCUUCCUGAAUGCCUUCUUGAAGUCAUGAGAAAGAUUGGUGGAGUCGUUGUGAAAAAACUGGAUCCGUGCCUACAGCACCCACUGUUGAAAAACUACAUACACCACUCCUCCCCGAGCACAUUACUGCAAAUAAUGGACCGGACCUCUACACAGAGACUAACCAGUCAGGUGUCUGUGCUCACAGCAAAACAAAAGAUUGCCUUGAGGAGCUUCCUAGCUGGACUGUCUGAAGUUACAGAGAAAGAGAGGCGAAUCAUCCUAGAGCUUCCCAUCUUUGAGCGAGUCGGGACAUCCACAACCACCAAAAGCAGCCGCACGUUCACCUCUCUCAGAGGAGCCAGGGCGAUACACCACUCGGCCAAAUAUCCCUCAGACGUGAAACUGUCUAUAAACGUGGUGGAUAGCAGCGAUGAGUCAACCAUCCGUCUGGUGAAGCUGCUGAAUGUUGAACAGGUGAAAAGCACUGAAUGCCUGAAGGUGAUCGUCCAGGACUUUGAAAAGGGUUUCUACACAAAAGAGGAAAUCAACAAAAUCAUGCUGUGGGGCCUGACUCACCUGUCGUUCCUGAAGGAUGAAAAUAAAGCAGUGAUUGGCUGGCUGUCCUCCCUGAAGUUCAUCCACACCAGCCCCACAGCGAAACCCGUCGCGGCCCCAGAUCUCUUUGAUCCUGAGCUUGAGAUUCUUCAGGAGCUCUUCUACCUGGAAGAGAAGAACAGGUUCCCCCCAAGCACAUUCACAUCAUCCCCAGAUGUCCUCCACUCCCUGAGGCAGCUGGGAUUGAAGAACGAAGUGCAACUGACUGAGAAAGACGUCCUUCAGGUAGCUCAGAAAAUCGAGGACUUGCAGGGGAAGAGCAAACCCGACUGGGACCCUCUCCUGAGGAAAGCGAAAACACUCCUGACGAUACUCAACAAGCAGACAAAACUGGUGAAAAGCUCUGAGGCCCAGGCUACCCUCCAGAGGCUGAAGUGGGUGCCUGUGUGCAAAGACAGACCUCUGAAUUACCCCAAAUCUCUCGCCUGGAGGGGAGACGACUGCAGCAUCGGCUCCUUCUCAGAAAUGUGUGACAUCUCUCACGCGGUGCUCGUGGGAUCCUCCGUGGCUCUGGUUGAACGCACCUCUGCAGGCAUGAAGAAAGCUCUGAAGUUAUCCAUCGAGCCUCAAGUUGAUCAAGUGCUGCAGCACUUAAAAGCUGUGAACGACUGGCACAGAUCUCAGAAAUUCACCACAGAUGACUGGUACCAGUUUCAGCAGAUUUUGUGUGAGAUUUAUGACUUCAUGCAAACACAUUUAGAGGAUGCAAGAGAAGCAAUGAAGUCACUGCCUUUUGAUUGGGUGUGGACUGGCAAAACAUUCACAUCCCCAGGAUUCACCGUGCUAAAGCCACUCCCUGACCUAGACCUGCAGCCAUACCUAUACUCGUUGCCAAAAACCAUUGCAAAGUUUCACAAGCUGUUCCAGUUUUGUGGCUCUGUUGAAGAGGUGGUUCCAAGUCAUGUGUUUGAAGUGGUGAGAACAAUCAGAGAGCGAUGUGAGGAAGACAUGACAAAGCACGACAGCAGACACAACCUCCUCCUUUUGAUUAACAUACUGCGCUGGCUUUACAACAGCCAGAUAUCUGUUGAUGCCGACAUGCAUAUUCCCAUCUUGAACUACAAAGAGCCAAGCAAACUAGUCAUGAAACCUAUUCAUGAAUGCACUUACUGUGACAUCAAGGUGGAUGACUUAAAUGAUUUACUUGAGGAUGUGUCUGAGCCCAUUAUCCUAGUACAUGAUGAUAUCCCUAUGAAGACUGCUGAAUGGUUGAAAGUGCCGUGCCUAAGCACCCGCUUGAUAAAUCCUGAAAAUCUUGGCUUUGAACAGUCUGGCCAAAGAGAGCCUCUCACAGUGAGAAUAAAGAACAUUCUGGAAGAAUAUCCUUCUGUUUCAGACAUUUUCAAGGAGCUUCUUCAGAAUGCUGAUGAUGCCAACGCCACCGAGUGCAGCUUCCUAAUUGACAUGCGAAAGAAUCAGGACAUACGAGAGAACCUUCUAGACCCAGGCAUGAUCAUUUGCCAUGGCCCUGCACUGUGGUCAUUCAACAACUCUGUGUUCUCAGACACUGACUUCCUGAAUAUCACCAGACUGGGCGGGUCUAUGAAAAGAUGUGAGGCAGACAAAGUUGGCAAAUUUGGCCUUGGCUUCAACUCAGUUUAUCAUGUGACCGAUAUACCCAUUAUUUUGAGCAGGGAAUUCAUGAUCAUGUUUGACCCCAACAUUAACCACAUAAGCAAACACAUCCGAGACAAAUCCAACCCUGGAAUCAAAAUCAACUGGAGCAAACAGCAAAAACGUCUAAGGAAGUUUCCUAAUCAGUUCAAGCCCUUCAUUAAUGUCUUCAACUGCCUGCUUCCACUUUCUGAAGAGUCUCCCUAUAAGUACAAUGGCACCCUCUUCAGACUGCCAUUCAGGACAGAGCAAGAGUCAUCGGUGAGUGAAAUCAGUAGUGUCUACUACAACACCACAGACAUAUACUCACUUGUUGAUGAGUUUAGCAUCUGUGGCCACCGGCUUAUCCUCUUCACACAGCAUGUUGGCACCAUGGUCCUCAAGUAUCUGAAGUAUGAGGAGCCAAAUCCCGCUGCAGCACAGGAUGUGGUGACCAUCAACAAAAGCGUUUGGUCAUCUAAGGCAUCGUAUGGGCCGCUGAGCAUUCUCAAGUCAGCAGCAAAGGUUAUGAAAAAGGUUGCAAACACUAACAGAGUUCCUGCAGAUGUCCCCAAGUCUGGCUGCAUCAUCAGGAUCAUAGUGGAGGAGUAUCAUAAUGUCUUCAGGCGCAUCGUUGAUCUCCACUCUCCCCUGUUCCGAGGCUCUGAGGAAGACCCGUCCUCAUACUUUGAGCAGGCAUCCAAGGGCGUUCAGACCCGACGACUCACAGAUGAGAUGCCACAGAAAGGGGUUGAGGUGUCAAACUGGCUCAUCUGCUCGUGCAUGGACGUAACCGAAGCCCUGAAGUUCUCCCUGAGUGAAAGUGGCAAGCGGCUUGGUCUGGUGCCUUGUGGAGGUGUGGGAGUCCUUCUCACUGAGGAAGAGAACCGGAAAUGGACUGUGAAGACCAAUCCGGCUGGGAUCGGAGAGGUGUUUUGCUACCUACCCCUCCGUAUUAAAACUGGCCUCCCAGUACACAUAAAUGGCUGUUUCGCUGUCACAUCCAAUCGUAAGGAGAUUUGGAAAACAGACACCAAAGGACAGUGGAAUUCCAUCUUCAUGAGACAUGUGAUUGUCAAAGCUUACCUGGCAGCCCUGAACAUGCUAUGCACCAUGGCUGAAAGUGGAGAACUGCUCGAUUACAGCUACUACGCUGCAUGGCCAGACCCUGGAUCUGUCCAUGAUGACUUUACACUGAUUAGCCAGGGGGUUUAUCAAGAAAUCGCCAAAGGGGACGACAGUGACAACGCAAAAGUCUUCUCAGAUGGCAAAACAUGGGUGUCGAUUAAGUACGUCAGGUUCCUCGAUGACACUUUACUCAGCAGGCCUGAUAUUGGCCCAGCUGCCUUCAAGAUAUUCCUGAAGUACCUGAAGAAGUGUGGCUCCAAAGACCUUUGCGCUGUUGAGUUGCCUGACUGGGUCAAAGAGGGCUUUGAGGAUGCUGGGUGCAAGAGCAGGCUGAUGGAAAACACCUUGACAGAAAAACAGUUUUUCUCUGACGUUUUUUUCCCCCACAUUGAAGACAUCAGCCAAGAACUGCGAGACCCACUCAUGCAUUAUGUCCUAAACGACAAAUUGGAAGAGUUUUCAUCCCUUCUCAGAGAGACACCAUGCAUCCCUUGCUGUGGUCCAUCCCAAAAGCUAGUCUUGCCAUCCCGUCUUAUUCACCCAGAAGGAAGAGUAGCCAAGCUCUAUGACUCACAUGAUGGUCGUUUUCCAGAGGGAACUGCGAAAGACUACUUGAACCCUGUGUGCCUUGUGAAGUUGGUACAGCUUGGCAUGGUGAAGGAUGACCUAUCUUGGGAGGACCUGAUAGAACGUGCCGACUCUGUUCUGGCUCUCAACGAAAGUGACCACUUAGCUGCCUGUCAAAGGAGCAGCAUCCUGCUAAGCCUUGUCGACGAGAAGCUGAAAGUAAGAGAUGCUCAAGCAAAGGAGCACCUGGAGAAGUUGCAAAAUAUUAAGUUCCUCCCUUUCUUGACCAAACCGGCUGGGUUUUCUCUGCCUUGGCAUGGCAAUAACUUCCCCCAGUCGACCAUGUUUUCUACCACAGAACUGUUUACCACAGACCACCAAGACACUGUCUGCUUGAUGAAGCCAAUUCUGAAUGAAAACUCCCCAUCGUUCAAAGGUUGUGGUCCAAUCACACUGGCAGUGAAAGACUUCCUUGGACUCAUUAAAAAGCCACCUGUAGAACUGGUCAUAAAUCAACUAAAAGAACUAUCAAAAUCCUUUGAUGGGGUCACAUUGUACCAAGAAAACAUAACAAAUGCCUGCUACAAGUAUCUACAUGAGGAAAUGAUGCAGAACGCCGCAGCAAAAGAAGAAAUCAUGAAGGAGUUGAAAACCUUCUGUUCAAUACUAGUGGAGAACACUUAUGUGGUUCCCUCGAAAGUAGCAUUCCAACUUAACUUUGAUGCUGCACCAUACCUUUAUCAACUCCCCAACAAGUACAGAAACAGCUGCCGGGAGCUCUUUGAGAAUGUUGGAGUGCAGCCCAGCUUUACCGUCGAAAACUUCUCAGCAGUUCUUCAGCUGAUAAAGCAGGAGAGUGGGAGAGGACCACUCACAGAGGAUAACUUCCAGCUCUCUAGAAGAAUAAUCAGUGAGGGCAUAUGGGGCUUGAUCAGAGACAAAAACCAAGAGUUCUGCCAAAGUACAUAUGGCGAGAUCCUUCUACCUGAUAACCAUUCUAUUCUUCAGCCAUCGAAAUCCCUCUGCUAUAAUGACUGUCCCUGGAUUAAAGUAAGAGAUACGACUGUGAAAUAUUGCCAUGGAGACAUUCCAAGAGAGGUAGCUGUGAAAUUAGGAGCUGUGCCAAAAAGACAUAAGGCUUUGGAAAGGUAUGCCUCUAAUGUCUGCUUUACGACCCUUGGAAGUGAGUUUGGGCAGAAGGAGAAGUUGACAAGCAGAAUUAAAAGCAUUCUAAAUGCCUACCCAUCAGAGAAGGAGAUGUUAAAAGAGCUCUUACAGAAUGCAGAUGAUGCCAAAGCAACAGAGAUUUACUUUGUGUUUGAUCCAAGGACACACCCAACUGACAGGAUCUUUGAUGACAAAUGGGUACCGAUGCAAGGACCUUCCCUCUGCGUUUACAACAACCAGCCUUUCACUGAUGAUGAUGUCAGGGGUAUUCAGAAUCUGGGGAGAGGCACAAAAGAAGCCAACCCUGGCAAAACUGGACAGUACGGCAUUGGCUUCAACUCAGUCUACCACAUCACAGACUGCCCAUCAUUCAUAUCUAACAAUGACAUCCUCUGCAUCUUUGAUCCCCAUGCCAGAUACUCACCAGGGGCCACGUCUGUCAGUCCCGGAAGAAUGUUCCGAGAUUUAGACUCUGACUUCAGAUCACAGUUCUCAGAUGUUCUAAACCUGUACCUGGGAAAUCACUUCAAGCUAGAGCGCUCCACUAUGUUCCGGUUCCCCAUCCGCUCAUCUGAGAUGGCAAAAAUCUCAGAGAUCAGCUCUGUGCCUGCCUCAGAUCGAAUGGUGCAAAAUCUCCUGGAAAAACUAAGAACAGACGGAGCGGAACUUCUCAUGUUUCUGAACCACAUGGAGAAGAUAUCCAUCUGUGAAAUAGAGAAUGGCACAGGGGACCUGAAAGUCUUGUACUCUGUGACUGCUAAAAUCACAGAUGGUGAUCGACUGAAGCGAAAACAGUUCCAUGCUUCUGUGGUAGACAGUGUGACGAAGAAAAAACAGCUCAACCAAAUUCCCGUUCAGCAGAUAACAUACACCAUGGACAUAGAGGACUCAGAUGGUAACUUAACCACGUGGCUGAUUUGCAAUCGGUCUGGCUUCUCUGAUAUGGAAAUUGUCUCAAAAAGUGUCAUCUCAGCCCACAAAAAUGAAGACAUAACUCUCUUUCCUCGUGGGGGGGUGGCAGCAUGCGUUAGCCACAACUACAAGAAACCACACAGAGCUUUUUGCUUUCUUCCCCUCUCUCUGGAAACCGGUUUGCCAUUUCAUGUGAAUGGACACUUUGCACUGGACUCGGCCAGACGGAACCUGUGGAGGGAUGACAAUGGUGUAGGCGUAAGGAGUGACUGGAACUAUAACCUAAUGACAUCACUGAUAGCACCAGCUUAUGUGGAGCUGUUGAUUCAGCUGAAAAGGCGUUGCUUCCCUGGUCCUGAUCCCACCAUGACCAUUAUGCAGAGCACACCAAUCCAUACUGUGAAAGACAUCCUGAGGAAGUUCCUGUUUUUCUUUCCUGUGAACAGGCUUGACAUCCAACCUGAUUGGUAUUGCCUGUUAAAAGCAAUCUACAACUGUAUUCAUGUGGAUCUGAAGAGAUUGCUUCCUGUUGUCAGGGCACCCCACAUUGACAAUGCAGACAUGCAUUCAGCUGUCUUCAUCUCAUGGGUCAACACAACAGCAAGUAAGGGCCGAGCGUUCUUUGACAACCUUCUGCAAGAUGAGUUGCAGCACCUCAAGAACACAGAGUACAAUGUCAUGAGUCGCAAAAGUGUCGCAGACAACAUCUACAGACUUAAAUCCAUGCUCUUAGACAUUGGCUUCAAUUUAGUCUACAGUUGUGAUGAAACAGCAGGUCUAUAUCUCUGCCUGGAAGAUGCUGGGAUUCCAGUGAGCUACGUCACACCGGAGGAUGUUCGCAACUUCCUGCUGACAUACUCAUCCCCAGACACUUCCUGUCAGGUGGGUAAGUUGCCCUGCCGCCUCCAACAGUCAAGCUUCAAGCUGUUUCAUAGCCUAAAGCUCCUGGUAGACUACUGCUUUAAAGAUGUGGAGGAAAAUGACGUCAGCAUAGAGGGCCUACCACUGCUUAUCACAAUGGACAACAUACUUCAAGUGUUCGAUUCCAAACGACCAAAGUUCCUCACCCCACACCAUGAACUGAUUUCAUCCAGGAAGGAGCUAUUCAUGAACACAUUGUACAUGCGAUACAGUAAUGUCCUGUACAAGGCAGGUGUAGCAAAGGUCUUUGAUAUCAACAGCUUUGGAGACCUGCUAGGAUCUGUUCUUCCACGAGAAUACCGAACAAGGAUGACUGUUCGAUGGAAAGAUGGUUACGCCAGUGAGUCAUGGUUGAGAAGCACCUGGCACUUCAUCAGUGAGAACAUAAUCCCAAAGGAGGAGCAGACAGACAUCAAGCCAACAUUUGAGACGGUCCUGGACAUUCUCAAAGACUGGGCUUUGCUGCCGGGCAUUAAAUUUAUGGUAUCAAGCAGCAAGCUGGUUGUGCCUGAGCAUGAUGUCUUACUCCCCCUGAGUCUAAUCUAUGCAGCCAUCUUUCCCAAUGGUCAGAAUGACAAAGUAUUUCAUACGCUGAUGAAAGCGGGAUGCAUCCAACUGGCUGUGAACAAGAUAUGUGCUAAGGAGAAUCCAAUCUUGCCUCUGCUGGCCCAGCAUACUGCAAACAUAGACAACCCAUGCAGCAUUCUGAAAGCCCUGGAAUACAUGGUCCAAACGUCAACUUUCAAAACAAGCAGCCUAACUGACAAAGACUUUGAGUCACUUUUGCUCUACUUCAACUGCAACUUGGGUAGCCUCUCCCAAGAUGAUGUGCAAAAUCUAAAGCUACUGCCCUGCUACCGGGCAGUUAGUGGUAGAUACCUAAGCAUUGCAAACUUUGCAUCAUGCUAUGUUCUCACAUCAAUCAUUCCCUCUCCUGACAUGGAGAAAUGGGCCCACACCACAUCCUCUACCUUCCUGGUUGACAACCCACAACUGAAAGAACUCUACAGUUUCCUUGGGUGCACCCCAAUCGAUGAUCUUGAAGUCUACCUGAAGCAUCUUCUUCCAAAGUUUGAUAUCUUGACCUAUGAUGCCAAAAUUCAACACCUUGUGUACUUGAAGGAAAGAUUAUUAGCUAUGGAGGAGCCAUCGACGAUCAAAGAUCAGCUUUAUGAAAAACUGGAGAGUCUGUCUUUCAUAUAUGACACCAUGAACAGACUGAAGCCUGCCAAAGCAUUCUCUGAUCAAACUGUGAAGGUCUUUGAGAUGAUGCUUCCCACCAAAGCAUUCAUACCCAAUGAUUUCUUCAGGAAGAUUGAGCAAGUGUCAAAGCCAAAAAAUGGGACCUCUUUCCUCACCUCUUGGAUCACAUUCCUCCGUAACAUAGGUCUGAAAUACAAUGUGUCACAGGCACAGAUCCUCCAGUUCGCAAAAGAGGUCAGUAUCAAAGCCCCAACUGAAAACUGGACCAAGGAAAAGACACAGAGUAUUGUCGAUGUUCUCCUCAAUCAUAUAUUUAAUGAGAGGACUGAUCUUUUUGAAGGCACUUUUCUCAAAGAACUAGCUAUGAUUCCAUUUUUGUGUCCAGAGAGAGCACCUGCCGAACUUGUGCGAUUGCACCCUCAGUUUCAAGAAAUGAACAGCACCCUUCCUUUGAUUCGAUUCAGUGGCUCCCAAGUGAACCCCAAAUUCAAACAAACAGAUGUCAUCCAACUUCUCUGGACAUCUUGCCCAAUUCUUCCUGAGAAGGCCACUCCAGCAAGCAUUAAAGACCAAGAGGGUAGCACACUGGCAGGGCAGGAACAGCUUGACUUAGUUCUGACAACACUGAAUGUGAACUUUGAUCCUCCAUUGGAGAAAGUCAUAAGCAAUUGCAAAAACAUAUGCAACAUUUCCAAUGUUGAAGAUGACACAGUGAAAACCAGAAAUAAAGUUCUGAGGUGCUCUUAUGAAUUCCUCAAUGCAGACAAGAGAGACUUUCGCUAUUUGCUGAGAGGAGUAAGUUUUGUCAUGGUUGAAGAAGGUUGGAAGCUUCUUAAAUCAGAAGAGGUUGUCAUCAAUUUGGAUAAUGAGUCAGACUUUAAGCCAUACUUAUACAAACUCCCCCUUGAACUUGGCACCUUUCAUCAGCUUUUUAAAAUGCUGGGAACUGAGGAUGUUGUGUCAACCAAACAGUACCUUGAGGUCCUCUCCCGGAUAUACAGAAAUUCAGAGGGAAAGCGUCUUGACCCAAAUGAAAUGAGAACUGUGAAAAGAGCAGUGUCCGGGCUUUUCAAAAGUCUUCAGAAUGACCCAGUUGAAAUUCGCAAAGACCUAGACAGCCUCAGAGACCUAACAUUUUACCUGCCUAGUCACGAUGGCCGCCUCACAAAAUCAAACACUUUGGUGUUUGAUGACGCCCCACACUACAAAAGCAGAAUCCAGGGUAAUGUUGGUGUUCAGAUGCUUGUUGAUUUGAGUCAGUGCUACCUUGGUAAAGAUCACGCAUUUCACACCAAGCUGAUCAUGUUGCUCCCACAAAAGUUGAGGCCGAGAUUACUGAGCAGCAUUUUGGAGGAGCAGUUAGAUGAAGAGUCGCCCAAAAUGUGCCAGUUUGGUGCCCACUGCUCGUUGCAGGGCCGACUCCAGCUCCUUCUCUCAUCUGAGCAGUUCAUCACGGGCAUGAUUAGAAUUAUGAAGCAUGAGAAUGAAAAUGCCUACAUGGUGAACGAGGAAAAAGCCAUCAGACUUUGCAAAGCUUUAUGUGAGGGCUUGAAGGUGUCCUGCUUCGAGAAGCUACAGACGACUUUGCGAGUCAAAGGGUGCAGUCCCAUCCCACACAGUCGCAGUGAAACUCUGGCCUUCCUGAAAAGGUAUGGCACAGCAGUCAUCCAUCUGUACAUACAGCACUCAGACAGCAAAGACAUCAACUUCCUCCUGGCCCUGGCUAUGACACUCAAGUCUGCAACAGACAAUUUGAUAUCAGACACCUCAUAUCUGAUUGCCAUGCUGGGAUGUAACGACAUUUAUAGAAUCACGGAGAAACUAGACAAUCUUGGUGUCAAAUAUGACUCGACUGAACCCUCGAAACUUGAGCUUCCACUCCCCGGAACGCCGAUACCAGCAGAGAUUCAUCACAUCCUUCUUAUGGACCCACUGAAUGUGUUUUAUCCUGGCGAGUAUGUGGGCUACCUCGUGGACUCAGAAGGAGGAGACAUUUUUGGUUCUUACCAACCAACUUACACAUAUGCAAUUAUAGUCCAAGAGGUAGAGAGAGAAGAUGAUGACAAUCCGAGUUUCCUUGGAAAAUACUUUCAAAUCGAUAUUGGUUACAGCGAAUACAAAAUAGUGAGUUCCCUUGACCUGUACAAAUUCUCCAGACAGGAUGAUAGCACGCACAUCAGAGAUGGCGCCCCUUCUACACCAGACAGUCCAUCAGAGACGGCCUCUCCUGGACCACGGGUACCUCCCAUGUUCCCAGGGAAGGAAAAUCACAGAGCUCCCCCUUCAAAAGUGUCUCCCAAAAAGAUCAAACUCAAUGCCCUCCCAGAAAUUCUGAGGGAGGUGACCUCUGUUGUCGAGCAAGCGUGGAAGCUUCCGGAGACCGAGAGGAAGAAGAUCAUUCGACGGCUCUACCUCAAGUGGCACCCAGACAAAAAUGCAGAGAACUUGGACGUUGCCACAGAAGUCUUCAAGCACCUUCAGAACGAGAUCAACAGAAUGGAGAAGCAGAGCCAGGCUGACCAGGCUGCGGAACGUGCCACCCGUAGGCCCUUCUCCACAUCGUCCACCCGCUUCCAGUCGGAGAAGUUCUCAUUUCAAAGAUUCUACACAUCCUGGAACCAGGAAGCCACUAGCCAUAAGUCGGAACGGCAGCAGUUCCGGGAGAACUUCACAAGCUAUGCAGGGUCUACGCAUACAAACCGCUUCUUUGUACCCCCUACAUUCAAGUCAGUCGGCAACCCCGUGGAGGCUCGCAGGUGGCUCAGGCAAGCAAGGGCCAACUUCUCGGCAGCAAGAAACGACCUGCAUAAGAACGCCAAUGAGUGGGUGUGCUUUAAGUGCUAUCUGGCUACCAAGUUAGCGCUGAUAGCUGCCGAUUACUCCGUGCGAGGGAAGUCUGACAAAGACGUGAAACCCACCGCCUUGGCCCAGAAAGUGGAAGAGUACAACAGCCAGUUGUCAGGGCUGGCACAGGACGUGAACAUUCUGGAAGGUUACGGAGUGGACAGUCUGAGAACUCGCUAUCCCGACCUCCUGCCUUUCCCCCAGAUCCCAAAUGACAGAUACACUUCUGAAGUGGCAAUGCGGGUGAUGGAAUGUACAGCUCGGAUCAUCAUCAAACUCGAGGCAUUUGUGCAGCAAAAACUGUGAUGCACAUCAAUAUCUUCCAGACUUCAGUCUGGUUGUUGGACCCGUCAUGGCAAAAUGCAAGAAAAAACUGCAUAGGAAAUAUAGAUUAGCUGUGUGCUGAAUGCUGGCAGGUUACGCAACGUUUUCAAAGGCAAAAACAUGUAUCCUUCUGGCAGCUUAGAUGUACAGUGUCAGUUAUGGUACCGUACCCUCAUGCUUGUUGUAAAUAUCUAUUGCUCCCUAUAUAAAAAGCACUGUUAAGAAACUGGAAAUAGUGCAAGGUUGCUUUAACCGUUUGCAAAAGGAACAAUCUUUCGAAAACUCAAACCUGCAAUUGUCUGCAAAUCUGCAGUGUACAGUACAUACAAACCCAGGCCCAGCAAUACUUAUUGUAUUUUUUUUUAACCAAAGUCUUGUGUUCAGUAAGUUUGCUGUCAGGAAAAAAAAGAAAACAAAACAAAGAUGACAACAAAAUGCUGCUUUUUUACUUUUACCUUUUUGAAAAGUGUAUAUUUUCCUGCCAUAGAUUAUCAAAUGAAUAUUUGAAAUUUUUAUUCAGCAUGUAUUUGCACUGUUUUAAGGAGCGCUUGUGUGAUUGCAUUGGCUGGGAGGUUCAGGGCCCGUGUGUAACAGCUGUUUAUCGCAAUACUUCCCCUCGACCAUGGAGUGAAUUGUCAUUCAGCGUAGCAUACACGUGUAGUUGCUCAUUAAUUCAGACUGGCUGGUAGUGUCAGAUCAUCCUCAUGGGGCAAUUGCUCUGUCACUAGUUCGAAGUUUAACACGGUUUUAAACUGGAGUUUGAGUUGGGAGUUGGAGUUUAAAACCGUGUUAAACUCCAAACUAGCAACAGAGGAAUUGCCCCCAUGGGUCUCCAAGGGCCUUUAGACUGUGAAGUGCACUGACGAAUGUAAUUUCUGCUUGUCAAUCUGCUGUGUAUGUUUGUUAUGGGGGUAUGCCUCGAUGCUGACUGUCAUGAUGUGAACACAAAUGCCUGUCUGUCUGUUUGUGUCUCCAUUAACCAGUUAGAGAACAUGAAUGUUGUGUUGCGUAUGGAGCGUAGUCGUAGACACUGUUGUACAAUGUCCCUGUCAUUAUCCACACGAACACACCUUUGACACAUAUUUAUUUCAUCACCAGUAGAUAGCCGUAAAGACUCUUUUGUCUGAUUGGGUUGAAUGGUAACUUAAAUCUCUGAAUGCUUGCAAUGUAGUGGAAUGUCUCUUACUUAGAUGAUAAUCUACUGUAUGUACAGAAAUUGCUCUGAAGCAAAUGUAAAAAAAAAAAACGUUCUUGCCAAUAUUUUGGUUUUGUUUUGUUUUGUUCUUAUGUUUAUGGUCUUUCAAGGCUAUACUGUCCUUUCAUAGCAGGGGCGAACUACAGGUGACAUAAUCAUGUGGUGCUCAAUAUUAUGUAAUUUAUCGUGCCCUUCACUGUUUUUCAUUUUCAUGUACAAUUACUGGGAAUUCAACUACGCAAACACUUGGUACAGAUUUUAGUUUUUGUUAUUAUUGGUUAUGUAUUAUGUGUUAUGUGUACAUUGAGUUGAUUGAGUCUUUUCCAAAAUUAAGAUGUUUUGGUUUCUUAUUUUCGUACCUGUAAACUGUCUUAUUACAACUCAAGAUCAUUUUGAGGUUUGCCACUCUGGGUGUCAUGAGUACUUUCUGCAUUGAAUUAUUUGUUGAAGUACACAGUGCCAUAGUUGUAAUAAACCCCUGAGUACCAACAAUAA